AUGAAGUUGAUCCUGCCCGCUGUGCUAGUGCUUUUGAUUGUAGUACAAUAUGUGUCUUCGAUUGGUGUCAGACCAACCCAGUCAUUGGCCGUCCAAGGAAAGUUCAUGUGCAAAGGAAAGCCAGCUAAGGGCGUGGUAUGUUAUACUUAGUAGAGAUCCUUAAAAGACGAUAGUUUGGUCAAAAAGUCUAUAGAAGCGUUAUUGGUUUCAUAAUUUUAUGAAAAUAUUGGUUCCAUGGACUUUUUGACCUUAUAUAUUGUAGGUUAUGUUAUAUAUAAAUAUAUUAAUGUUAAUAUACAUGUUAUAUAUGUAAUAUUAUGUCACUUAGUAAUGUCAAUAGUAAUGUACGAUGUUUAGAAAGUAAAAAUCUAUGACCAUGACACUUUCACCAUGGACGACAAGAUGGGUGAGACCAAGAGUGAUGCUCAAGGCUUCUUCCACAUUAUCGCCAAAGGCAAUGAAGUGUCUCGUGUUACACCCAAAAUGAACAUGUAAGUCGUUUACUUAUGUUACAGUAAGGCUACCUACUUUAGGCUUUACUUAUUUUAGGCUUAAGUGUUUACUUUCCUAACUUUAAGGGACUUAAAAAGCAUCAAUUUUAUAUUAUUUUAGAUUCAAAAGAGGUAUAAGAUAGUAUAAGCUAUAUAUUAUAUUACAUUUUUUAAAUUUACUGUUUAAACCUUAACAUACGACGAAAAGAAGCAAGUUUAUCGUUAAUGUGAACUCAUGGUAUCUUAUAUACAUAAAAGUAAAACGAUAGUAUCUUAUCACUUUAGAUACCACAAGUGCGGCAAGCUCCUUCCCAUUUGUUAUACCAAGUUCUCGAUCGGUAUCCCCAAGAGUUACCUGACCCGUGGCUCUACUCCUAAGUCAACAUACGAUGCCGGUACUUUCAACUUGGACGCCAAGAUGCCAGGCCAAUCGACUGACUGCAUCAACUAA